AAUGGUGUGCAGCAUGACUCAGGCAGGAGGACAAGGAUGGAGGAGACUGAGAGCCCGGGUUGUGGGGCAGGUCUAGGAAUACAACUCAGGCUGCUUGCGCCCUCCUCUGCAGGCAGGCAAGCUGUUCUGUCGGCUAUUCCCGCCCCUCUCCUUGCAUCCCUGUGAUGGGGUUUGGCUGCUGCCCUGUGCCAGGCAGUGCUGUGGCCCUCCUGGUUAUUUUGGGGUGUUACUGCAGCCCUUUUCCCUUUGGCAGCCCAGGCUCAGCAUUCAGCCUCACUCCCCAGCCAUGCUGCUGCUCCCGCUGCUCCUGGAGGCCACACUGCUGCCACUGGCCACCGGCUCCCACCACCCCUUCUACAACGGCUUCUACUACAACCACAUCAUGAAUGACAAGGGCAACGGGCAGGAGAAAGUGGUUUACUUCAAUGGGGCCAGGCUAUGGGUGGAGACCCCCAAAGACCCUGUCUACAGCACCAAUGGUGCCAAUGUCACCCUGCCCUGCCGUUACCAUUUCGAGCCUGACACGGAGGCCAAGCGCAAAAUCCGCAUCAAAUGGUCCAAGCUGCGGGACGACUACACCAAGGAGAAGGACGUGCUGGUGGCCAUCGGCAAGACCUCCGUAGCCUUCGGGGAUUUUCGUGGCCGAGCUCAACUCCAUCAGGCCGGCUGGCGUGAGGCCUCGCUGGUCAUCAGCGAUGUGCGCUUGCAGGAUGAUGGCAAAUACCGCUGCGAGGUCAUUGAUGGGCUAGAGGAUGAGAGCGACGUGGUGGACCUCCGACUGCAAGGCAUCGUGUUCCCCUACCAGCCUCCCCGCGGCCAGUAUAGGCUCAACUUCCAUGAAGCCGAGCAGGUGUGCCAGGAGCAAGGUGCCAUCCUCGCCAGCUUCAACCAGCUAUUCCAGGCCUGGAACGAGGGGCUGGACUGGUGCAAUGCAGGCUGGUUGUCUGACGGCACCGUGCAGUAUCCCAUCCGCCUGCCCCGCAAGCCCUGUGGUGGGCUGCACCUCGCCCCGGGCAUCCGCAGCUACGGCCCACGCCACCGGCACCUGCACCGCUUUGAUGCCUUCUGCUUCUCCUCCGGGCUACGAGGAGAAGUGUUCUACCUGAACCACCCAGCUGGGAUGACGCUGGAGGAGGCCAAGCAGAGCUGCCAGGAUGCUGGGGCUGAGAUUGCCCGAGUGGGACACCUCUACUCUGCCUGGAAGUUCCUGGGGCUGGACCGCUGUGAUGCUGGCUGGCUGGCGGACGGCAGUGUCCGCUACCCCAUCGCCAAACCCCGGGCCAACUGUGGCCCUGCAGAGCCUGGUGUCCGCAGCUUCGGCUUCCCCAGCAAGGGCAGGUUUGGGGUCUUCUGCUACAAGGAGAGAUAAGGAGCCACGGUGGCUUCUUCUUGGCCGGAGGAUGUUUCCAGCCUGACAGUGCCUGAUGUCGGGUGUUUCCCAGGGCUGUUUUGGGGGUGGCUGGGGGGAGGUGGGGCAGGGGGGAGCCUUCUUUUUCUUUUAUUUUGUGUUCUUCCUUUAUAUUUUCCACAUCUGGAGCAGUGUGGGACUGUCGCUGGCAUGGGGUGUGAAUGAGGAUGAUCCUUAUGGGCUGCUGCUACCCCUCUUGGCCCCUGCCACUCCAUGGGUGGUGGCCCCUUCCCAUGGUGGCAGCAUGUCACUGACACCCGCCUGCUCUUCCAGGCUGGUCCUGCCCCUGAGCUUGUGGGGUGGGAGCAAGACAAGGCUGGAUUUGACCAGAGGCAGAGAAAAGGGGCUUCUGUUGUGUCCCGGCUCCUCUUCCAGCCCCAUCCCCAUCCCACUGAAGGAUGCCGUUGUGCCUGUCCCCACAGGAGUGCCAGUGCCUUAUCUCCAUGCGCUCCUCACCUGGAUGCCACUUGAACUCUGGUGCCUUCUUCUUUGAGUGUUUGUUUUUGAAAAGAUGUAUUUUUCUGGACCUCUUCUAAUAAAUCAGUGGAGAAA